CUUCGGCCUUGUUUCAUUCCGCCAGCUGCCCAACCACAACUACAUCUCCUCGCAGCUGCUUGUCUCCUUGUGUAAACGGACGAGGGCUUCCUCUGAGCAAGGCUUACUCCACUUCUUUGUCAUUCUUCUUCUGUUCUACCGGCAGGAGCAAUCUUUUGUCUUGAGGCUCGCCAUCAAAACAAACCCCUCCCUCGGUCGUCUCGUAAUCAAGACCUUUUGACAUCGGCACGAGGCACCGCUACUAAAUCACCUCAUCGACCUCCAGAGCCUCCUCGAGUCUUCAUCAUGGACUCGAUGAGGUCUCUCAACACCUCAUUACCCUCGACUCGACCUGCACCUCCCGAACAACUCCUCCAAGCCUUUCGAACCGCCGCCCUCUCCGUCACAAACCUGUACAAGUCGGCAGUCACAGACCAGAACGCCAGCCGCCAAGCCGGGUACCAAGAUGCUCUUGAGGACUUGUUGAGCUUUCUGGAUAAAGAGAAUCUCGGUCUACAAGAUGGCGAGGGCUGGAGAGUGAGGCAGUGGGCGACGGAAAGAUACGAAGGGUCCACCCAUCAUCAUCAGAUCGAAAGCGACGAUGAAAGAAGCGAAACGGGGCAAAGACAGCGAGGCAGCACUCCAACAGGCGAGCAACCGGUGGCAACUCCAGCAGCAGCUCAGUCUGCACCUUCAAGAGCAGAGUCUGGUACGCAAACCGAUGAACGCCUAAGUCCUCCGCCUCAGGAGCAGACGACGACGACUCCCAUGUUCUACUUCAGUGAAAACCAUUCCUCGACAGCGCUUGACGACAUGCAGACCGAUGAGGACAACAGUGCACCUUCAGAAGCUCAGGCGUCCUCAUCAACAUCAGGCAACACGAGUCGAGCAACUUUUGUCAACAGCCGAGGCAAUCGCACACCUCAUAGGACCGGCAACCAGAGACACGGAACCCGAUCAUCGACACGAGAACUUACCUUCACCGCUGGUACGAAGCGAAAAUUCCAGAUACCCGAUUUCUUUGACAUUUCCAACAUUGGACCGAGGGAUGGAUUCGAAAGCAGCAAGAGGGGACGGAUCUCAUGACCUUUGGCUUACCCGACUCGGUUUAUGUGUUCAGCGCCAUGAUCAAGAUCUUUUCUCCCUAAUGCAUGGGAAGGUAUAUUCUUAUGAGGACAUGACCAUCAGCAUGGCGAAGUUUAGUUGCAUUAGAGUACAUUCAUGUAUUGGCUCGGGUUGAGCAUUCUAGACAGACAGAUACAGAGUACCUUUGACGGGGUUGUGACAUGCUGCCCCUAAUGCAGAUUGACUCCUGAAA